AUGGACGCCUCAACUGACCCCUCACGGAUCCUGGAACAGGCGAGACAACAUCUCGAAGCCCUCAAGCAAGCUGGCUUGUCGAGGGAGGCGUUGCUCGAAUUGCUAGGCGAGGACGAUCACUCGAAACAACAACAGCAACUACAGAUCCAUCUUCAGCAGCCACCACCACCACAGUAUCAACCGCCACCGCCGCCGCCACCUCAGACGACACAAGGAGGCAUUGAAUCUCAGUUAUCGCCCAGCUAUGGCGUCCCAAGUCACCCUUUCAUCCCGUCACAUCAGGUCCGAUCAUCAAUAUCAUCCGUAGCAUCUAACAGCUCAGGGCGGGAGAGCAUAUUAUCAACCGCAACUGCCGCAACGGCGCACAGCUCCGUGUCGUCCGUUGGAGGAGGUUUUGCAAAACCGACUACACCAGCAUCCGCCUCAUCCGAGGCCAAGUAUUGGUGCACAUCAUGUGACAAGACGUUCAAGCGCAAGUUCGACUGGAAAAGGCAUGAGGAGGAGUUUCACGAGCGAUGGAGAAAGUACCCUUGCCCCAACUGUAACCAGAGCUUUUGGGGCCCGAAUACUUUCAACCAGCACCACAAGUCUGCCCACGGCUGCCGGACGUGCCCGCAUUCCGACGGCGUGGUCAAGUACAUGAGGAAGAGAAGGGCUUGGGGAUGUGGCUUCUGCGCCGCCAUGCACACCAAGCUCGAGAAACACUACGAACACGUCGCCGCACAUUUCGAAUCCGGCGCUCAGAAACAGGAUUGGAUGCACUCCAAUGUCAUAUAUGGCCUGCUGCAUCAGCCAGCUGUGCUUGAGGCUUGGAGAGAGCUCGUCAGCAGGAAGCAGGACAAAUUCAAUGGACACCAGCCCAUGUUCAGCUGGAGCAUAGACAACACCGGCAGACAGCAAGGAUACGUCGAAGGCGAGAACCAAGGCCAACUACAGGAUUUCCUCGAAUUUUUUGACGGGUCUAGCGAGCAGGCGGCACGCAUCACGCAGUGUGCAUGGGGCUACUGCCAUGUUGUCUUGAAGCCAAAGUCUAGCGGGGAGCUCACGCCGCCUCAAGAAUCGCAAAAUGCGCCGCAACAAGCAGACCCGUGCUCACUCAGUCGACAAGUCACUAUUACAUCUCAGCGGGGUGGACUGAGGAGAGUGGCAUCAACAUCACUGAUGCCCGUCAGCAGACAGCCGACAAGACGUGUCUCUUCGGCUGAUUUCCGUGAGCACGUACAACCAAACAUGCAAUUCACAAGUCCUAUGGACCAAAACAUUCCUUACCAACAACAACAAUUCAUGGUACCGCCUCAACCGAUCCCAUCGCAACAGAUUUCGCCGCAGCCAAUGCAGGUUGAACCGAUGCAGAUGAGCCAGUCCAUGAACUCACGACCCUUGUCACUCGACAAGGAACUACCACCAGCUCCUUUGUUACCCUCACCCUUGGAUACGUCACCCAUGGACGUUGAUUUCAAUAUGUAUAGUGACAACCAAGAGCAGCUCUUGAAGCCACCUUCUUUGCAGGAUUGGCAGAGCUUCUCAAGUGCACACAGUUUUUCCGAUACCCAAAGUCUGUCUAGUACGCUUUUUGAAGAACAAGCCGCGAUUGCGGUACAGCAGCACCAACAGCACCCAUAUGGUGCACAUCCACAACAUAAUAUGUCCCUGAGCUGGGGAGAGCUCAGUCACUUUUCAGGACAGCACCCACAGGGUUGA